AUGUGGCGCGCCUCACCAACCAAAGUCUCACCAACCAAAGACGACGUCGAAGCGCCUCCGUCACCGACGCUGAGGAGGCGGGAGGCGCGCCGCCGCGCAAAGACGACGUCGGCGGACAGCUCCAUCGCGUCGCUGAGUUCGUUCGUGGCUGCUGCCAGCGCCGCGGCGGUCGCGUAUAGCCUGUGUGUCUUCCUUCCGGCCUGGACGCGCAUCGGCGCCGCGCGCUGGCGGCGCACGGUCACGGUCUGCCCGCGGCCGUCGAUCUGCGCCGAGGGUUGGAUCGAGGUCCUGCUGCUUGCGGUCGCUCGCACGACGGCCUACGCGGCGCUCCCGUACCUCGUGGCGCUCUUCUUGACGAAGGCGCGCGUGUCAGCGGCGCGCUGGGAGGAGAACGUCGGGUCCAUCCUCGUCGCGGCGGACAACCUGCACGAGACGCACGAGGCCUGCGGCUGGCGCGUCGCUGGAUUUGCCGUGUUGCACACGAUCGCUCAUUUCGCGAGGUGGCUAAUACGACGGGAGCUGCGGGCCAAGCUGGGCGGCGGUGCCGGGCGAAGUGGCCUCGCCGCGAUGUGCUGCUGCGCGCCCGUCCUCGUGCUCGUGACAGCUCGGGCGCUGCGCCCUCGUGUCGUUUGAGAUUCGGAAGGCCGUGCACGUGCUGCUCGGCAUCUCCGGCACCGUGGCCGUCGUGUGCCACACUCGCGUGUGCGCGGCCGUCGCGGGCGCAGCGCUCGCCAUCUACGGCGCCGACGCGCUCUACGCGCUCUGCUACCGCGCGUUGCGCGUCGAGGACGCCGUCUUCGAGCGGCUCGGUGCCAGCGUCCAGGUCUCGUUUCAGAAACCAGAGUGGUGGCACGACAGCGUGGAGGGCUACGUGUACGUGCUGAUCCCGUGGCUCUCGAGGACGCAGUGGCACCCCUUCUCGGCGUACGGCGCCGCGGCCGGCAAGAAACGGGUCAGCCUCUGCAUCACGGCCGCCGGGGACUGGACGCGGGCGCUCCACGACGCGAUCGAGCGGCCGACGACGCGCCCAAUCUGGGUCCAGGGCCCGUUCCCGUCCCCCUACGCCGCGUACGCCGCCGACCGCGAUAAUUUGCUCCUCGUCGCGACGGGCAUAGGCAUCACGCCGGCGCUCGCGACGAUCCAACGGCACGCCGAGACCCGGAGUAUGUCGUUACUUUGGAUGGUCCGCGAUGCGGCCCUCGUCACGUUCUAUCUGCGCGAGGGCUUGCUCGACGCCGUGGACAUCGCGCUCGUCUUUUACACGGGCAAGACGCCGCUUUCGCAUCUCGAGGCGGACCUCCGGGGGCGGAGCAGCGUCUACCUCGUGGACGGCCGCCCAGGCGAUCUCGGUGAAGUCGUUCUCGACGUCGUCGAGGCCGUCGAGACGCACCAGGCGCUGCCGGAGUGCCGUUUCCGGCCCACGGAGCUCCUCGGGGGCUACGGCGGUGGCCCCGAGAACGGCGCGCCGGCACGGUUCGACGCGCUCCUCCGGCGUUGCGCCGCGCGCGGCAUGGGCGCUAGCGAGAUUUCGGCCUCGUUUCGCACCGAAACGCUGCACAGGGCGCGGUCCCGCAGCCUGGCUGAUAGGCCCCGACCCGGAAGGGCCGACGGGCGCUUACGACGAACCAUGGGCCCAUGGGCCAACUUUGGAACUGUUGACGGCGGCGACGAGAGCGACGACGACGGCGAUCUCGUUUCCGAGGAAGAUAUCGCAAGUGGCAUCGAUCUCUUGAGCACGUCGCAGAUGCUCGUCGAAGACGACGACCUCGGCGACAUCUUGCGGCAUAUAGCCGCAGGCAAGCGCGCGCUCACGUAUUCCGCGCUCGUCUCCCACUGCGAAAGGGUGUGCCGCGGAACGCAGGACGAGUUCGAGCUCCUGAUGAGCGUCGUGGCGUCCGAGGAGCCCCCGCGUCCGAAGCGCGCGCCUCGAAAGCUGUGUGCGAACUGGGGCCUCAUGUACUGCGGAAACGUCGUCCGCGUCGAGCGGGACCUCCGCGCCAUCGGUCGGCAAAUCGACGCCCCCGUCGCCGUCGAACGAUUUGAUUGGUAGCUAGCUUAAGUUGUGUGUGCGUCAACCCCCCGAAAACACACACGACGGGAAACGAGCUUACAAAUAUUGACACGACGACUGACGGGAGGA